UCUAAAAAAGACCCUGUCAUGCAGAGCUCAGCUUUCUUUAUCAUCUGGAUGGUAUUCCUCAGCUCAGGUCUGGGAGAACCCACAGAUCUUCUAGAUUACAGAGGAACAGAUCAAGAUUUACAGCUCGAGGCUCUUAAAGCCACUCUGCUGGAGAACCUAGGGAUGGAUGGUCCACCAGAGACCAAAGAAAAGACCUCUUACCAUGAUCUGCUCAGACUGUACCUUCAGUACAGGAACCUGAGGAGGAACAGGCAGCCGCUCCAGAGCAGCUCCAGGUUCUUCUUGUCUGCUACAGUUCAGCCACUGAACGGUCAGCAGGGUCAGAGUGGGUCGGAACCGGUUCAGUGGUUCAGGGCUAUGUUCCACAGAGACGCUCGCGUUACAGAGGAGUUCACUGUGGGAAGCGCACGAUUGAAACUUCAGACACGACCUCAAGACGACAGCUUCAGCCAUCCAGCACUUACUCCAAACAUUCUGAUCAGAAUUCACAGGAGCUUCACUUCCCUCACGGAAACCUUCUAUAUGGAGCAUUUCAACGCAGAAGGACACAGUGCGACUGUGGAAGUGACCGCUGCAGUGGAGAGAUGGUUCACUCAGACCAAUGAUACGGUGUUAGUUAUUGAUGUAGGUCUUCUUGGAGGAGCACAAGAGGCCACACCUGAGCUCAGUUUGCAGUUGGAGCAGCUGGUCAGCAGUGUGAGAGAAGCUCGCUCAGCCAACGAGGACGACGGUCACUGCAGUCGGAAAUCUCUCAGCGUGUCCUUUGAGGAGAUCGGCUGGUCAGACUGGAUCAUCGCUCCUUCUGGAUACACCAUGUUCUUCUGCGAUGGUUCCUGCCCACAAAACUACAAACCGGCCAGCAUGCACACGCAGGUGAAGUCUCGGUUGCAUCGCUUGACCAAAGGAGCGACUCCUCGGCCGUGCUGUGUGCCAGCUGCCUACGAGCCCAUGAUUUUGAUGCACUACGACAGUCGAGGAAAGCUGAAGCUGACAUCCUUCAACGAUCUGAUAGUUAGCAAAUGCUACUGUGCUUAAAUUAUUAUGAAGAAAACAGCUGCACUGAAAUUCCAAAUCAAUGUGAUGUCUUACAUGAACACAGAAAGGGGGUAGCGCUGUUGCCUCUCAGCAAGAAGGGCGUGGGUUCAAUUCCCCGGCCGGACGACCAGGGUCCUCUCUGUGUGGAGUAUGGAGCACAUUCUCCCCGUGUCUGCGUCAGUUUCGUCUGGACGCUAUGAUCUCCUCCCACAGUCUAAAGACAUGCAGUCAGGCCAACUGGACACGCUAAACUGCCCUUAGGUGUGUGUGUGUGUGUGUGAAUGCGUAUGUCUGUCCUGGUGACUGGCAGCCUGUCUAGGGUGUUGUCUGCCGUCCGCCCAGUGAACACUGGGAUAUUCUCCAGCAGCCCCCAUGACCCAGAGGGAUAAGCAUCUUAGAAGAUGAGUGAAGUAAUAUUUUACUUAAGUCUAAAUGAUGGGUGCGUAAAUUCAAUGUGGCACUUUUGGGCUGAAUGAGAAGUGUUAUAUAAGGAAUAUUACAUCGCUAAGCAACGAUGCAAACAAUGUUGAACUGAUUUGCUUACAUUACUGACAUUCCUCUAAAUGAUUAAGAAGGUAAAAAUAGCCUGGAGCAGAAACAGAACUGAGGACUCAGUAUUGGAAGCAGAAUAAAACCUUAUAUUCAUAGUAUUUAUUGUAACUUAUUUGUGACAUUUUGUAUUUUUGUUUAUUUGUUUUCAUUUUUCUGAAUAUAUGAUGGGUCUGAAUAGAAUGUUUAAGUUUAUAAAUCUGUAUCUCCAAGCAUUUCAAUAAAAGUAAUUUAU